GAAAGCCGUCCAUGAGUGGCUGCGUGUGACUAAAAUUGCGCGAGAGACGAGGCAAGAGCGGGCGCGUCUCUGUGCGGUCGUUACUCUGUCGGGCCGGUGCUCCCGGGGCCGGUCUGCGCCAUCGGUGGGAGAUGGAUUUAACGCAUCAGCUGGAGCUGUUCCCCGGCUGCAGCGUGACUCUCCUCCUCUUCAGCCACGUGAAAAAUGCCGCCGCUCUGAGGAAAAAAGCCGUGGAAGGAUCCAUUGAAGGAGCGUUAAUAAACCCUGCAAUGAUUGUAGAUCCUUUUCAAAUUCUUGUGGCAGCCAACAAAGCAGUUCAUCUACACAAGAUAGGUAAAAUGAAGACCAGAACUCUCUAUGCAGAAAUUAUUUUCAGCCUUUCACCAAACAACAAUAUUUCAGAUGCAUUUAAAAAGUUUGGCAUUUCAGACAGUGACACAGCAGUACUUGUUGUUCUGGUUGUGGACAGAGAAAAAACUGUAAAUCUGGAAGAUAUAGCAUCUCAGGUAGAAGGCCAACAGGUUUCUCUAGAUGAACUCCCCCAACUAACAGACACUGCCAAAGUUAAGAAGAUGUACAAAGUUACUCCACAGGAAGAAAAAAUCGGCACCUUAUUGGAUAGUAUUGUUUGCAGAAUGUCAACAAAAGAUGUUUUAUGAAAAUGUGGAAAUAAAUUU